AAUUUCAUAUUGGAGAUGAUGAAGCAGUAAAGACUGACAAAGAACUCUAACGGUUCUCCUGAAUUCUGAUACUCAAAACGAUGGAGCAAGUGGAAGGGACAAAAACAGAUGUUGAAAAGAGGGUGGAAAGAAUUUUGAAGCUCAUUAAGAGGAGAAACAGAGUGAAAAAAGAGCCAGAACUUGUCGGACUCGUUGAGGACUUUCACAAACAGUACCAGUCACUCUAUGCCCAGUAUGAUCAGCUUAGACGAGAGUCAAGUAAGAAAGCUGACGAUGGAAAAGUAAAUGAAAGUUGUUCUUAUUAUGCCUCCAGCUCGGAUUCAGAAUAUUAUUCCUCUGAGGAUAUAGAAAUGAACUCCAACUUAGAAUUUAAUAAUAAUCGAAGUUCCCAUAGAAGGAUGGCAGACAACACCAAGGAAGAACUUGAAAGGGCAAAUGUAGAAGUUGCUAACUUGAAGAAUCAAUUGGCCUCUAAGACCGAAGAGAAGGAAGCUUUAGCUUCAGACCAUCUGGCAGCUUUAAGUAAAAUACAAGAAAUAGAAACCAUCAACAGAGAUUUGAGAAAAGAAGUGGAUGAGAAAGAAAAGAGACUUUCUGCUCUUGGAAAGGUGCAUCAGGGACGGGUAACAGAGCUAGAGGAGCAGUUAACCGGCUUGAAAACAGAGCUGGAAUCUCUGCACCACCAGAAAAGAGAUUUGGAAGAUCAGCUUGAUGGUAAGACAGCUGAAGCUAAACAGCAAGGAAAGACAAAUAAGGCACUGUAUUCGGAAUUCGAAUUGAUACCAAAGGAGGAAGGAGAUGCAGUAACUAAACUCAUGGAGCAAAUCAUGGACAAUGAGAACAAUUUAAUGUCUAAAAUUGAGGAUUCAAUGGCACAGGUCAGCAAUCUGAAAAAGGAGGUGGACUAUUUACGUGCCCAAAAAUGUGAAGCCGAAGGAAGUAUAGCAUGCAAAAGUAGUGAAUCAUUUGAUCAGGAAAAUGUAAUGAGGGAGGAAUUGGAUUCCCUACGCAGCCAGAAAACUGAAUCAGAAAUUCUGCUAGAGACGAAAUCCAAAGAAAUCUCCCAGUAUCUGAUUCAAGUGAAAUCCUUGAAAGAGGAAUUAGUAAGAAAGAGUGCUGUUCAGCAGAAAACUAUAGAGGAAAAAGAAGGCUUACAGGUGCAGGUGAUGAACUUGGAAUCAGAGGUGCACACUCUACGCAAGCAGAAAAAUAUAUCAGAAGAUGAAGUGAGGAGUAAUAUCCGUGAAAUCAAUCAAUUGAGAGAGGAAAAGGGUAACCUGCUGGCUAGAAUUCUAGAAUUGGAAACACUAUUUCGAGAGAGAGGCCUUGAGCUUUCUGCUGUUCAGGAGGAUAGCAAAAGUAUAAACAUUAAAGUUAAUGCUCAGAUAAGGACCUUGAAUGCGGAGGUUGAACUUCUGCAACAGAAGUUGGAUUCCCUGAAGAUGGAGAAAAGCCAGUUGGAGUUGCAGAUUGCUGAUCAACAGAGAAUCACGAAAGAAAGAGAGGAAGCCAUAAACAAAUCUAUGGAGGAGUCUAACUCUAAGGUGGUCAGAAGGUGGUCGUCAGGAUCCACGUUAAAUUCCCAAGUCCUAGAAAGAAAGAUUGAGGAGUUAGCAGAAGAGUUCCGCAAGAAAGUUGAAGACAACAUCCGUCUUUUGUACCAGAGGAUCAAGGUUGCAGAAAAAAUACAUUUUGAGAACAAAGAGACUCACAAGAUAAUAAAAGAAAGGCUAGAGCAAGAGAAUGGGGCACUUGAAGAAAAGCUUGCAAAUUAUGAAACUGAGUUCAGGAAGUUGAGGGAUACAACGGAGCCAGGAAAAACUGCAUUGUCUGAUUUGACUUCAGCAGUGAUUGAGCUAGAAGACGAAGGGAAUUCCCUCACCCGCAUCUCAAAUGUCACCGGCGACCUUGUUUCUGCAGACGACUGCAAACAGCUGAAAAGCAAUGUGGAUUUAGUGGUAGCGGAACUGAAUAAGGAAAAAGAGGAGUCGCUGGAGGCUAAGUUGAGAGAGCAAGGAGAAGAAAAGCUGAACCUGAUGAAAGCAGUGAGUGGGCUUGAGAACAGAGUGGGAGAAUUGGAGAAGAUUAUGAAAGACAAGGAUGAGACACUGUUGGGUCUUCAAGAAGAGAAGCGGGAAGCCAUAAGGCAGCUCUGCCUCUUGAUCGACUAUCACCGCUGCCGCUGCGACUAUCUCAAGGAAUUCAUCUCUAAGCUGAUUGUUAGAAGCCAGAAAAAGAUGACCAAGCGUCGUUUUAGGGAGUCUAUAAAGUCCUUUUUUGGGCACCAUGUUGAUCCAGAAAAAGAUGAACAGCUUAAAGGAAGUAAAAUAGAAAUUGAUGACAAGGUGACAAAAAUAUUGAAGCUCAUCAAGGAUGAAGAAGUCGAAGAAAAUGAUGGGAUCUCAAUAGCUAACUCCAAGAAGGAACCACUUGUCCAGUUAAUUGAGGAUUUCCACAAACACUACCAAAAUCUCUAUGCACAAUAUGAUCAUCUCACGGGAGAGCUGAGGAAAAAAGUUCAUGGCAAACGAGAAAAAGAUGCCUCCUCUUCUUCAAGUUCGGAUUCAGAGUCUGAUUAUUCUUCAAAGGAUGGAGGCGGUAAAAAUGGACAAUUGGAAAGUGAAUUUCAGAAAAUAGCAGAAGGCAUUAAACAAGAACUUGAAAUGGCAAAAAUGGAAAUCGCGGACCUGAAGAGGAAGCUGACAGCCACAAAUGAAGAAAAAGAUGCUUUACAUUCAGAGAAUCUAGCUUCUUUAAGCAAGCUGCAAGAAGCAGAGGAAAUCGUCAGAAAUCUGAAGCUUGAAUCUGAAAGAUCAGAGAGUGAAAAAUCAAAACUUGUGGCUGAGAAUGAAGAGCUGAGGCUUAAACUGGACACUGCUGGUAAGAUGGAAGCUGAGGUGAAUCAAAGAUUGGAAGAUCUGAAUAGAGAAAAAGAUAACUUAAUUCUAGAGAAAGAGACUGCUGUUAAAAGAAUUGAAGACGGAGAGAAGUUUACAGAAGAUCUUAGAAGAGAAGUUGAUCAGCUGAAAGAGGAAAAUAUAACUCUGAAACAAGAGGUAGAGAGUGUUAGAGGAGAAGUUUCCAAUGUGCAGCAGCAGCUGGAAUCUGCAGAACAACAAGUUUCAGAAUUGAGCCACAGUCUGAAUGCUACCGUGGCAGAUAAUAAAUCCCUGAACUCAGAACUUUCCAAGGUUUCAAAUGAGAUUCAGCAGGCACAGGGCACAAUACAACAGCUCAUGGCUGACAUGAGCCAGUCGAAAGAUGAAAUUGGUGAGAAAGAAAGGGAACUUUUGACUCUCAAAGAGUUGCAUGAGGUGCAUGGGAAUCAAUCAUCUGCUCAGAUAAAAGAAUUAGAGGCACAAGUGACAAGCUUAGAGCUGGAGUUGGCAUCAUUGCGAGCAACAAACAGAGAUUUGGAGGUGCAGAUAGAGAACAAAGCAGCUGAAGUAAUACAGGUGGGAGAGCAAAACAGAGGAUUGCAAUCCCAAAUUUCAGAACUUGAAAUGAUGUCAAAAAAGAGAGAAGAUGAGCUUUUGAUUCUCACAAAGAAAUUUGAGGAUAAUGAGAAAGAAUCAUUAUCUAGAGUAGAGAAUUUGACAGUGCAGAUCAACAAUCUGCUAGUUGACAUGGACUCUGUACGCACCCAGAAAUCUCAGUUGGAAGAACAUAUAGUAUUUAAAAGUGAUGAAGCAUCAAAUCAAGUUAAGAGCUUAAUGGAUCAGAUAAAUAGAUUGCAGCAGGAGCUGGAAUUUUUGCAUAGCCAGAAAGCAGAACUGGAAAUGCAGCUUGAGAGAAAAACUCAUGCUAUUUCAGAUUAUGCAAUUGCGAUAGAAAAGGCAAAAGAAGAAAUAGUAAGAAAGACCGAGGAUCAACAGAGAGUUCUGCAGGAGAAAGAAGGUUUGGUGGCACAAAGGAAGGAUCUAGAAUUUGAGGUCAAUUCUCUAAAGAAUCACAAAGGCGAACUGGAACAGGAGUUAGAAACUAAAAUUGAAGAGAACGGUCAGUUGAGAGAGGAAAAGGUGGCAUUACGGGGUCAAAUCUUUGAAUUAGAGAAAAAAUUGGCAGAAACAGGGCUUGAGUUCACUGCUCUCCAGGAAAAACAUGCAAGUGCAGAGAAUGAGUUAAGGGAGGAAAAGGUGGGGUUGCAGGGUCAAAUCUUUGAAUUAGAGAAAAAAUUGGCAGAAAGAGGGCUUGAGUUCACUGAUCUCCAGGAAAAACAUGCAACUGCAGAGAAUGAAGCUUCUUCCCAGUUAAUAGCCCUAGAGGAUCAGGUUAACAAUUUGCAGCAGGAGUUGGAUUCCUUACGGACCCAGAGAAAUGAACUGGAGUUGCAGCUUGAGAGAGAGAAACAAGAAUCAUUAGAAAGAAUCUCUGAAAUGGAGAAUCAGAAAUUGGAGAAUGGUCAGUUAAGGGAGGAAAAGGUGGGGUUACAGGGUCAAAUUUUUGAAUUAGAGAAAACAUUGGCAGAAAGAGGGCUUGAGUUCACUGCUCUCCAGGAAAAACAUGUAAACGUAGAGAAUGAAGCUUCUUCACGGUUAACAGCCUUAGAGGUGCAGGUUAAAAAUUUGAAGCAGGAGCUGGAUUCCUUACAGACCCAGAGAAAUGAACUGGAAUUGCAGCUUGAGAGGAGAAACAAGAAUCAUCAUAGAAGACUCUCUGAAAUGGAGAAUCAGAAAUUGGAGAAUGGUCAGUUAAGGGAGAAAAAGCUGGACUUAGAGGAUCGAAUCCUUGAAUUUGAGAAAACAUUGGCAGAAAGAGGGCUUGAGUUCACUGCUCUCCAGGAGAAACAUGUAAGCGCAGAGAAUGAAGCUUCUUCACAGUUAACAGCCCUAGAGGUGCAGGUUAAACAUUUGAAGCAGGAGCUGGAUUCCUUACAGACCCAGAGAAAUGAACUGGAAUUGCAGCUUGAGAGGAAGAAACAAGAAUCAUCAGAAAGACUCUCUGAAAUGGAGAAUCAGAAAUUGGAGAAUGGUCAGUUAAGGGAGAAAAAGCUGGACUUAGAGGAUCGAAUCCUUGAAUUUGAGAAAACAUUGGCAGAAAGAGGGCUUGAGUUCACUGCUCUCCAGGAGAAACAUGUAAGCGCAGAGAAUGAAGCUUCUUCACAGUUAACAGCCCUAGAGGUGCAGGUUAAACAUUUGAAGCAGGAGUUGGAUUCCUUACAGACCCAGAGAAAUGAACUGGAAUUGCAGCUUGAGAGAGAGAAACAAGAAUCAUCAGAAAGACUCUCUGAAAUCACAGAGAAUGAAACUUCUUCCCAAUUAACGGCCUUAGUGGUGCAGGUCAACAAUUUGCAGCAGGAAUUGGAUUCCUUACAGACCCAGAGAAACGAACAGGAGUUGCAGCUCGAGAGGGAGAAACAAGAAUCAUCAGAAAGACUGACUGAAAUGGAGAACCAUAAAUCUGAGCUGGAAAGCCAAAUCAACAAUCAGCAGAGCAUGCUAGAAGAACAGGGGGAGGCGCAUAAGAAGUUGGCCGAGGAAUGCAAACAGGUUGAGAGGUUAUACCAAGAUUGCAGGGAAAAUCUUGAAGUAGCAGAAAGGAAGAUUGAAGAAAUGUCAGAAGAAUUCCAUAGAAACAUCGAAUCUAAAAGUCAGAUGGCAGCUGAUCUGAAGCAAAUGGUUGAAGACCUUCAAAGAGAUUUGGAAGCAAAGGGAGUUGAGAAAAAUGACUUCACAAACCAGAUUACAGAUCAUCAGAGAAUGCUAAAAGAACAAGAAGAUGCAUUUAACAAGCUAAGCGAGGAGUAUAAACAACUUGAAACUUCAUUUCAGGACUGCAAGGUAAUUAUUGAAGUCACAGAAAGGAAGAUGCAAGAAAUGGCAGGAGAGCACAAUAUGAACGUUCAAUCUAAAGAUCAAAGAGUAGCUGAUUUGGAGCAAAUUAUUGACGACUUGAAAAGUGAUUUAGAAAUGAAAGUAGAUGAGCUCAAUACCUUGGUCGAGAACGUCCGCACAAUUGAAGUUAAGCUCCGGUUGUCAAACCAAAAGCUUCGAGUCACAGAACAGUUACUAACUGAGAAGGAAGAGAGCUUCAGAACAGCAGAAGCAAAGUUCCUGGAAGAACAAAGAAUACUUGAAGAAAGGAUCACGACAUUGGCUGGAACAAUUGCUGCAAAUCAAGAAGCACAUUGCAGGAUGAUCACUGAUAUCGCAGAGAAUGUGAAUAGUACCUUGACCGGAUUUGAAGCUGUCAUCCAGAACUUGGAAGAGGGCUAUGGAAACUACGAGCACUGCGUUGAAGAAACAUCCAAAGAGCUAAGGAUUGCAAAACACUGGGUUGCAGAAACAAAGAGUGAAAAGAAGCGGCUAAUCAAUGAAGUGACUAGUUUGAUUGAGCAGCUGAAAGAUCAGAAAGAAAGAGAAUCUAUGUUACGUGAAAGAGCGGAGAAGCUACGGACUAAGGCAGACAAGGAAGAAAGGGAAAGGGAGAAUCUGAUCAAAGCAGUGAAGCAUCUGGAGAAGAAGGUGGAAUUCUUGGAGACAGUGAUGAAAGAGAAGGAUCAAGGCAUAGUAGGUCUAGGAGAGGAGAAGAGGGAGGCCAUUAGGCAGCUCUGCGUGUGGAUUGAUUACCACCGCAGCCGUUGCGAUGACCUACGGGAAAUCCUCUCGAAAACUACCAGAGUCCAGAGGGCAACCUAGAAUCAAGUCCCUCAUAUUUUUCCAUUCCAUCGUGUUCAUUCUGGUUUUGCAUUUAUGGAUUUAUUUUUUAUUGUUUCAUUUUUUUUUCUUUCACUCGACAGAUUGGGCUGUUGAUAAAAGGCUUUCUUAAGGUGAUGUUUAGUUAGCAUAUAUGUCUCAUAAAUCUUGUUUGCAUGUAAAGAAAAACCGUUUGCUUAGGAUUUUCUCUACAAGGAAAAAAACUCUGGUUUUUGAGUUAGAUUUCCUAGGAAAAGCUAAAAAAAAAAAAAAAAGACCCAAAUGGGUUUCGUAGUU